AUAACAGGUAUAUGAACCGGCUCGACCAGAGCUCAACCAUCAAAGUCUGACUGUUGUUUAACCCGAAGCCAAACAGUCUUCUAAAUUGCGCCAUGCCAUAUGACACUGUUAAUCUGAGGAACAUGUGAUACAUACAAAACCAGGUCUCUUAUACUCUAGCCGAUCGCAGGCGCAACUCUACAUAGGGAAACAUGGCAAUGGUCUUACCCAAACUGAAACCUUAUCACCGCAUUGCGACUUUGCUUCUGAGCUCAACAAUCAUCUUGUGUUUGUACUUUGAAAACUCAGGAAAGCUUUUUAACAACAACCAUCGUGUGUCCGAGAUCGAUGCCUGCGUUUAUCGCAAUUGCUCUCCGGACCAAGAGCGCACGGACUGGUUCAGCGCGCGUUACGCACCGACAGUCCAACUGUUGCUCAACAGCAGGAACCGCGCGUUAAGACCAGACGUCUGGAGAUGGUGGAGGGGUCUACAAAAGGAGCUUUAUUUUCACAACUACACAACCGUGUCGAGGAAACUGUUCCCACUUUUUCCAGAUAAAAAUAACUACUCGGAUAGUCAUCCAAACCGCGGGAGAACCUGUGCUGUGGUCGGGAACUCUGGAAACCUUCUGGGAUCGCAUUAUGGACCUCUCAUAGAUUCCAAAGACUUUGUCAUGAGGAUCAAUAAAGGUCCAACAAAAGGCUUCGAAGUGGACGUGGGUUCAAAUACCACUCACCGGAUUUUCUACCCUGAGAGCGCCAUGGAUUUGGACAACUCCACUCAUCUGGUGUUUUUUCCUUUUAAGAUUUUGGACAUUGAGUGGCUUAUCAGUGCCUUUACCACUAAAGACAUCAACGAAACAUAUACAUAUGUUCCAUCUACAAUAAAAGCCAAUAAGGACAAGGUGAUGAUACUUCACCCAGAGUUUAUGAAAUAUGUCUAUAAGAACUGGACAGAGAAUCAUGGCAGAUAUCCGUCUACUGGUUUCCUAACGGUGAUAUUCGCACUGCACAUCUGUGACGAGGUUCAUGUUUUUGGGUUUGGAGCUACAAAAGAUGGAAACUGGCAUCAUUAUUUUGACCAAACAUUGACUCCAGUUGCUUCUGAAAGUCAUGCGGGAGACUAUGAAUAUAAAACAAUCAUUCGACUUCACCGGGAAAAUAAGCUUUUAAUGUACAAGGGUUGGACAUGAAGCAAGUCGCAUUUGGAAGAACGAUGUCAUUGUUGUACAAUACCAAAUUGCAAUAUUGCAGACAAAAACAUAGACUUUUUCGUAUGAAUGCUGUCAGAUAUUGGCAGAUGCUCAGAGUGUAAUGGUAAUGUAAGUCACUUAACGCUGAAAGUGUAGGUUUUAUUGAGGAACAUGAAGGGUGGUUGAAGUGACCAAUCAGAAUAAAGUAUUCCAGAGAGCCAGAGUUUACAAAAGUAUCAUUAUAAAUGCGUAGAAUUUCAAUUGAACAAAACAUAUUAAACGAUACAAAGUAGUGUUAAGGUAGUAUUUUUCUGAGGCUUAAUCAGUGGCGGUCGGUGACUUCUUUUCGAGGUAGAACAAUGCGUAGCUCGUCACAACAUGUAUUUCAAAAUAUGUUAGCGCCGCGUCAUGUAAACUUUUGUGCAUCAUGUGUGAUGUCAGUAUACAAGCCUGCUGCAGAUGCUUCGAAGAGGUUUAUGAUAAAAGAGACGCUGAUGUUUGUUUGCCAGAUCUUAUGUCAGAGUUUAGUGUUAAGUGAGUGUCUUGCUAGUAUUUUGUGAAAGUGAGCGUCUCUUUUAUCAUAAACCCUUUCGCACGUGUGCAGCAGAUACAUAUUUUGAAAUGACGCAUAAUGCACAUGGUUCACAUGACGCAAGGAACACAUAUUUUGAAUUUGCGCCCUUUGGAAGAGAAGUCACCAGCCGCCAAUAGGUUUAACUUAACUGGGUUAAAUUAACCUAAAACAGGUUUAUAUUUGACUGAACGAUGGGUUAAAACAACCCAGCAUAGGUUAAAUUACAAACCAUAAGGUUUUGUUUGUCUGUAAUGGCAAUUGAUACUUUUUUUAGAAGGUGGCCAAUUCAUACGACCACAUUCAUAAAUUUUUGUACAAUUUGCCUUGGGUUUCGUUAUUGUUCUUUAUGUUAAACAUUUUAAAACAGUUUUUUCACAUUUACAUCGUACAGAUUUAUACAAAUUAGCCAACUUAUGAAAUAUAUAUGAAUUCUUGUGUUGACUUGUGACUGUUGAAUUUUUUUCAUUCUCAACAACUCAAGUUUGUACUGUUGGGUUGCUUUUGAAGCGUUUGAUAAAACUGAAAUUUGAUUUAAUUGUUUUUGCAAAGACAAAGGACAAAAUAUCUUUACAGUUGCAUAUUAACAUAGUCUUGUUCAGUUUUUGGUGAACGAUCCUUACAAUCCAUUCUGUCAAAUAAGUUAAAGAGAAACCAUUUCACUAUAUGAAUUCCUUAAAACAAGUGGUUUAGAGUAGGAAUUAUUUUAAUAUUUAUGUACUAAUGAGCAAAAUGUAAAACAAUGGAAUACACUGAUACUUUUUCUAUACUCUGAUCCUUUAUCUGUUUGCAGAACAAUAAUGAUGCUAUGUUAUAAAAUAAAAGUAAUUUUAAAUUCAUAAAGUAUAUAAACAAUCAAAAUUACAACAGUCAUGUGAUUGAUUUUAAUGUCUAAUGUGAAUGCUGUAACCCUUUAUGUUUAUUUCCAACUUUUUAUUUUAAGUUCAAAUAUUAAAAACUAGAGAUGGGCGAUUUCGAAGCGCUGCUUCAUGAAGCCUCGAAACUUGUAUGAAUCUUUUGUUACGAUUCAGUGAUUCGGAGCGUGUUUCAAACUGGCCAAGUCACUUGAUUUUAGCAAACGAGGCUUCAUUACGCCAUAAUUGUUUCGAAACGUUUCCAAAAUCCGAUGGUUCACCACUAGGGGGUGUUGAUCACAAAUAAGUUAACCAGUGUCUAAUAUAGGUGAACUCGGUCAGUUUUAUUCUGCAAGUUCAUAAAACAUUCAUCCUUUAGACUGGUAACACUACCACUUUGCCUACUUUUUGUUUAUAGACGGAUUUUAUGACAAACAUGUUUAUAAUAAAAAAGUGGGUUUAAGUGUUAAUGAUCUGUUUGCAAUAAAAAUAACUAAAAACAAAUAA